AGCAACUGAUGUUAAACACUGAUGGUUUUGGAUCCAAGACCACAUUAGAUGACCGAGUGGAAUCAAACUUACAAACCAAUGCCAACAUGCGUAGCUACUUCUCGCCUGAUUUAAAAAUCGAGGGCCAAUUUCUUACAGAUGAUGAUGAAUAUUACUGGUCUAAUGUUCAUACCAACACAUGGGACUGUCUGAUGAGGAAAUAUGGUCGUUAUGGUUUCCCAGAGCUAGCUUUGAUCACAUUCUGGAUGUGUACUGUGUGUGUGCUGUUUAUUCUUUGUGUUGCGCAGUGUACUAGUAAACCCAAAAAGCUAAGCAUCAAUGGAGACCUGGCUUACAUAAAAGACAGAAAUGGUGAUUUACCAUCAUAUACAAGUCUGUACCCCUGCGAAAAGGGGCCCAAAAAGUCACUAUUUUACCUUGCAUCUGUUGUACCAUCAAGCGAAAAAGCUCCACUUUUGGAAUAAGGAUUUAAAUGACUUUUAGUAUCCAUUCAUGCACUUUUGUUGUACUUUUCACAUUCACUGCAUAUUUUAUGAGAACGUUUUGUGGCUGCUACAGCCAGGCUUUUGUCUUUAACACAGCGUGUUUGAAGUUGGUGUUAGGCUGUUUUGUAUGUUGUUAGAAAUGUAACAUAUAGAUUAUUAUUAAUGUCUUGGGACUAUUAUUCAUAAAUGGUGUAUUGUUAAAUGUAACAUGUGUUAACAAGAUAUAUUUGUCGUAUUGUUGUAGGUAGUAGCAUGAAUUUCUCAAUAGUUAAAAUUUUCUGGCUGGCUAGUAAUCCAUUCCGGACACUCCAUACUACCUGUGUUCUGUGUAAAAAAAAAAUCAGACCCAGAAAAGCAGUGCUCUCGGAAAAGAAAUUAGCGAAGAAGUUUAUUGAUCAUAAGAAGAUGCGGAUCUCUUCAGGAGCUGGGGGAGACGGAAGAUCGUUUUUCCUCCGGGAUAAAAACACAGAGUUUGGAGGACCUUGUGGGGGAGAUGGGGGUAAUGGUGGAGAUGUGGUUGCUAUUGCUGAUAGAAAUGUUAAGUCAUUAGAAAAUGUGAAAUCUUUUUAUAAAGCGAAAGAUGGAGAAGAUGGUGGCAAAUAUAAUGGGACUGGUAAAUCUAGGCAUUCCUUGCUUAUAAAACUACCUGUUGGGACGUAUUUAAGGAAAGAAGAGUCAAGAGAAAUUUUAGCUGAUCUAAUGACACAUGGUCAAAAACAGACGCUGUGUAUCGGGGGUAUUGGUGGAAAAGGUAAUUCGUUUUUUGUGAGUAGUACUAAUACUACACCUGAAAAAUGCACUCGAGGUACGCCAGGUGAGAGUAUGGUAAUCAUUGCUGAACUGCGAACACUUGCUCAUGGUGGAUUGGUGGGGUUUCCUAAUGCUGGUAAGUCUACUAUACUACGAGCAUUGACCAGAGCAACCCCUGCAAUUGGUGAUUAUAGUUUCACUACAUUAAGACCUCAUGUUGGGAUAAUGCAUUUCAGUGACUUUACACAAAUCGCGAUAGCAGACACACCUGGUAUUAUUGAAGGAGCGCACAAAAACAAAGGACUUGGAAUUCGUUUCCUUCGUCAUAUAGAACGUUGCAGGUUUCUGCUUUAUAUUGUGGAUAUGUCAAUGCCAGAACCUUGGAUGCAGUUACACCAUUUACAAAACGAAUUUCAUUAUUACGAUACCAGUUUGACUGAAAGACCCUGCAUUGUAGUUGCAAACAAAAUGGACCUACGAGAGUCUACAGACAAUUUUCCUGAGUUUGUAAAUCAAGUAAAGUUAUUAGAUCCUACUUUGGAAAUUUUUGCAAUUUCGGGUAAAAAUGGAAACCAGUUAGAAAUAUUGAUCACAAAAAUUAAAACGCUUUAUGAUGAUGAUAUUGUAUCUGACAAAAUGUAUGGCAAUACAACACCAUUUGAGUGGUAAUGCAAAGUGCUGAUACCUUUUUAGCAUUUUCACGUUGACCAAACACUAAUUAAAAACAAGUUGAUGGUUC